CUCUUUGCCAAAAACACAUUAGAAAGGGGAUGAUAUUUGCAUGCAGAGGGAAUAAUUCAUUGGCAAUUUUGCAGUAGUCUCUUCUGUUCUCCCAAAAGAUGGCAAUUUGUUACUUUCGUCCUCCAUUUUGUAGUGUUAGAUGUGUUUGAUUAUUCAUUGGUGUGUCUGAAAUACCAACAAUUAAAACCACAAUUAUUUACUUUUUUUUUUUGUUCUGUCUCUCGCAGUAAAAAAGUUGUGGACGUGCCUAAAGCCAACCGCAUUACUAAAAUACUUCGAAGAAUGGAUCCACAGAAAUGUUCAUUAAUCUUUUCCGGAAUUUUUCCUCUUCCUUCUAUUUAUAUCUUUUAUGAGUUGCAAGGGUUGCCUGGAUUGAGACUUACAGAGUUCUGAAGAAGCAGCUUUCCUCCUCCUGCAUUAAAACCUCACCUUUCUUCCAUCUCGCCUAUUUUCCUCUCAACGACCAUCAUGUCGAGCUUAUAUUCUCAGAGGUCCUCCUCCCCUGCUGCACCAGUAUCCUCACAGACAAGUAGCAAAGAAGACAUAGACAGAAUUGGUGUUGCAAAUAACAGUCAGUAUCUGGCAAAGCUGCUAUCGGAGCAUCAAAAACUCGGGCCUUUCAUGCAGGUUCUUCCUAUAUGUAGCCACUUGUUGAACAAAGAGAUAUUAAGAGUCUCAGGCAUGGUUUCUAGCCAAGGAUUUGGUGACUGUAACUGGAGGCAGCAAAGAAGUCCCAGUCCCAUGGCUAAUUCCGAAUCGAUUUGUAAUUCUGGGACUUGUAUCAGUAUUCUGAAUGCACCCCAACAAGAGAUGCUAGGCUUUUCACAAGGAGUUGCGAUCGAUUGGCGAGGAGCACUUACAAGUCCAAAGUCAUGCAUAAUAAAGAAAGUAUUGCGUUUAGAGAUUCCAGUGGAUACCUACCCUAAUUUCAAUUUUGUUGGACGCCUUCUUGGACCCAGGGGUAAUUCACUGAAAAGAAUUGAAGCAUCAACCGGAUGUCGUGUUUACAUUCGAGGAAAGGGUUCAAUAAAAGAUUCUGACAAGGAGGAGAAAAUGAGGGGAAGACCAGGUUAUGAACACUUGAAUGAUCCGUUGCAUAUCUUGAUUGAGGUAGAGUCGCCGGCAAAUACGAUCGAUGCUAGAUUGAGACAUGCACACGAAGUUAUAGAAGAGUUGCUGAAACCAGUGGAUCACUAUAAGAAGCAACAACUUCAAGAAUUAGCCAUGUUGAAUUCAGGUUCAAGGGAUGGCAGCCCUCAUCCAAGCGGCAGUGUGUCUCCAUUUUACAAUGCUAUGAAGCGUGCACAGGCAGGAUGGUAGAGAAAUUGAUACUCAAUGUUCCUGGAGCAGUUUGAUUCAACUCUUAUCUGAGAGAAAUUUCCUUGUAAAGAGAUAGGCUUUUACAGAAGGCUUUGGAAUACUUGGUGACUGUAUUUUGAUCUACUUGUUCUUCUGAAAAAAGAGAAAGGAAGAUGUCAGUCCAUGAUGUAGCAACUUGUGCUGAUAUCAAUUUGUUUCGGGCGUGCAUAAGAUACUGCUUUUGUGAGCCAAAAUUGAUUAUUUCUAUUCAGUUUUC